UCUCUCUCUCUCUCUCUCUCUCAACAGGUUUGUUUUUUAUUUUUUGGUGUGGUCACCGAAGCUCCUGAUUGGCUGGUUCCCCAGGUCCCCACCCCCACUCCUCCCGGCUUGUGCUGGGGCCUAGGCCCCAGGAUACCGCAUGCUGUGACUUGACCGCCACCUCUCAGUGACCCGUGUGGCUGUGGAGGUGAGGUGGCAGCCCAUGGGUGCCUGUCUGCCUAGAUUAGUGCGAUACCACCUUCCCACACGCCUCAUCCUCACGUGGGCUGAGUCAGAAGUGGCACUGCAUGCUGUGUCAGGCCAAGGAGCCGAGGGGCUCGGGAGGGGCCCAGGCUGCAACUCAUCACCCAGUGGACGCUCGUGUGCCCAUCGCGUCCCUCCUCUCCCUCUCUGGCCCUGGGAAGUGGUGGGGCUUGUUUGUCCCUGUGACUAACAAGUUGAUGGCAUCUUUCCUAUGUUUCUUUCAAGCCCUUUGGAUCCCAGCUAGCCCAGAAGCCACGUCCGCCCCCAGUUCUCUUCCUGUGCCCUGGGGCCUGCCUUGCCAUGACAGGUGGGCCCUGCAUCCUGGGAGGGACCCGCUGAGCUCUGCAACCUGCUGGCUGUGGCUUCGCCUCGUGCCUUGGGAAGAGGUCAUGGGUGCAGGGCUGAGGCUGGCUCAGUCCGCUACCCACCCCAGCUCUCUGAGACCCCUCUGCACCCCAUGGGAGGAGGAGGGCGUGGGUGCAGGGCUGAGGCUGGCCUAAAGUCACCUCUUUGCCCCAGCUUUCUGAGACCCCCCUGCACCCCAUGGGAAAAGGAGGGCAUGGGUCAGGGCUGAGGCUGGCUCAGAGUUCCCUCCCCGCCCCAGCUCUCUGAGACCCCUGCACCUCCCCAGCAGGGCUCAGCUCUGCCUGUGGACCAGGCUGUGCAUGCAGAGGCUUUUCGGCCACUAGUGGACCCCACGUCGGGAUUAGAGCUCCUCCGUGCCUGCUCUGGGGGUGGCACGGGCCCUGUGGCAGAGCUGGGGUGGGCUCCCAUCUCCCCCUACUCAGUGCCACCUGCUGUGCAUGCUGUGCAGUCAGCUGUAGCUGACAUAGUGAGCCUGUAUGACACCAGUGCCUGGCAGCUGGCCGGGUGCCCAGUGGUGGCUGCAUCCUCCACACGGCACUAAUCCUUGGCAUCAGGUGGUCCGGGGAGCUGGUUGUAGAGCACAUUUAGAAUUGGAUUUCUAGUUCUGUGUUCCUUCAUACCGGAAAAUGGCAGAAAAUGAGCCCACCUGUUUUCAGACAGGCACUUGGGACUCAAGCCCAGAGACACAGGCAGAGUGGGACGAGGCCUGGUGUGGACUCAGAGCCAUGUGGGGCUGGGGGCCCCUGAAGCAGAGGAUGGAGGGAGACCGGUCACCGUUGCUGGAGAGGGAGCUCACAGCACCGUGGUGGGCUUGGGGGUGUGGGGGUCAUGAGAGGCACCGGUGGUGUUACAGGAUUUUGGGGUGUUGCUUUUGUGGCCAGAUACUUGUGGCCGGUGGCACCUUUGCUCGGGCCGCUGGGCUCAUUUCGCCUACUUGGCCUGGCAGGCUGCGCUCAGCUCGUGCCACUGGCCUUGAUCCCAUGCCUCCAAGGGAGACUGGAGUCAGGUGAAGGGUGUGUGAGAGCAAGCAUGGGGUCUGGCCACUUGCAGGCCAGCGCCAAUCCAUCCUCGGCCCCCACCUUGGCUUCCUCCCAGAGCUUGUUGGUGCCCAAGGUCCAGAGGGGGCCAAGGCGGCAGGGCCUGAGUGAUUGGAGAGGGCUUUGGAAGGGGGAGACCCCAGGCAGCGGGAGCAGGCAUCUCCCAGUCUGUAAGAGUGAGGUGGGGGGCCUGGCCAGACCCCCCAAGAGUGUAGAGAGGCCAGGGUCUCCAGCUUUGGCUUGGGCUGCCUGCUCCUACUCCUCCUGCUGGUUCUGUGGAGCAUGCAGCCCUGGCGCUCAGGGGCUGCCCAGGCUCCCCUCACGUGGCUUGUGGUCCUGCCCACGAGGUUGCUUCUGGGAGUGGAUCAUGGGCUGUGGGCCCUGGGCCCAGCCUUCAGAAGUGUCAGGCCCGGCUGUCACCGAUGUGGAGUGGACCCUAGGGACUUUAGGGAUGCUGCCCAGUGGCCCUGCACCAUAGCCUCCCUGAGAGGCCCAGGAACCUGGCACCCUCAGCUGGGUGAGUGCAGCAACCACACUGCUGUCCCAGUCCCGAAAUCGAGGUCCCAGCCCCGCCUACUCCCCAGAACCUUCCCUGUUGCAGCAGCAGGCCAGAGCUUCCCAUGUGGCAGCGUCUGAAGCCACAGAGGCCCGCUGUUGGAUGCCGGGCACAGGGCACCCACUGCCGCCAUUGCUCCUCCCACAGCUGCUCCUGCUGCCACUGCCUGCACCUCCCUGCUGUAGAUGGCCUGCUGCUGCCGUCAGUGGAACACGUCUGCAGGCAUGUCAGACUGGGUGACGAGGCCACCAGGCUGUGGUGCAGGGACACCCAGAGCUCUUGCACCCAGCCCUUGGGCAGGGCUGGCUCUCUUGAUCAACACAGAGCGCUGCCCAGGUCAGCGCAGGUGUGGCACAGUCCAGUUAGAGACAGAGUCUCCCUCCUGCCUUGCAGAACAGGGACCUGGGAAGUCUCAGCUCCGCAUCACACAGUGAGUCCCUUAGACUCUGGGCUUACAGGGUGGUCUUCGAGUCCCUUAGACACUGGGCUUACAGGGUGGUCUUCGAGACCCUUAGACUCUGGAGUUACAGGGUGGUCUUCGAGACCCUUAGACUCUGGGCUUACAGGGUGGUCUUCGAGACCCUUAGACUCUGGGCUUACAGGGUGGUCUUCGAGUCCCUUAGACUCUGGGCUUACAGGGUGGUCUUCGAGUCCCUUAGACACUGGGGUUACAGGGUGGUCUUCGAGUCCCUUAGACUCUGGAGUUACAGGGUGGUCUUCGAGUCCCUUAGACUCUGGGCUUACAGGGUGGUCUUCGAGUCCCUUAGACUCUGGGCUUACAGGGUGGUCUUCGAGACCCUUAGACUCUGGGCUUACAGGGUGGUCUUCGAGUCCCUUAGACUCUGGGCUUACAGGGUGGUCUUCGAGUCCCUUAGACUCUGGGCUUGCAGGGUGGUCUUCGAGUCCCUUAGACUCUGGGGUUGCAGGGUGGUCUUCGAGUCCCUUAGACUCUGGGCUUACAGGGUGGUCUUCGAGUCCCUUAGACUCUGGGCUUACAGGGUGGUCUUCGAGACCCUUAGACUCUGGGCUUACAGGGUGGUCUUCGAGUCCCUUAGACUCUGGAGUUACAGGGUGGUCUUCGAGACCCUUAGACUCUGGGCUUACAGGGUGGUCUUCGAGUCCCUUAGACACUGGAGUUACAGGGUGGUCUUCGAGUCCCUUAGACUCUGGGGUUGCAGGGUGGUCUUCUGGGAUUUCAUUUAAGAUGAACUGGGAAAUAGCAGGAAAUGAGCUUUGCCCACCCAGCCUGUGCCUCUGGGCUUGAGUCCCAGCUGCCUGUCUCUGAAAACAGAAUGGGUUCAUUUUCUACUAUUUUCCGGUAUCUCUUUUUCUAUAGUUGUAAAGUCAAGGAUAUGACGGAAACUGCGCAGACCAUACAUGUUACUUAUCUCUACGCCCAAAUUAAAAUAAGAACAGGCGGAUGGGGAGGUUAUGUGGAGACUGCUCCGUGGCAGCGAGGCAUGCGUGGGGUCCGAUGGCCUCGGCUGGCUGCACCUCCGUGUGUGUCCCCUGCCUCGGCUGCGUGGUGCACUGGCUGGAGCGGGGCACCUUCUUACCUGUGCUCCUGUGGAGGGUGCGGCCAUGCCGACCACUCUAUUGGGAGCCCAGUGACUUGUUGCUUAAGCGAGGCAUCCCGUGAGCCAUGUGUCAUCGAGACACUAGUCCAGGGGUCAGAGGCAUGGCCAACGCCAGUCCUGCCGGAGCGUGGCCCUGUGGUGGCGUUUCUCAGGUCCACAGCCACGUAGUCACAUCGUACCAUGCUGAGGUGUUUGCCUUGGACCAGACAUGCUGCUGUUUCUGCCUGUCUUGGAGGGAGUCAGGAGCCAGCCAGGGUGUCUGGAGUUCUGUCCUCCUUCACCUCCUUGCCGGCGUCCUCGGGGUUUCAGAGAUAGCUCCUUCAUCUGAGAAAGGGAGGAUAUCGGGGGCUGCUGUACAACUGCUGUGAGUUUUCCUCCUAGAGCUUUGAGCACUGAGACUGUCCCGGGCAGGUGUGCGCGGCACCUAUGCCUGAGGAUCAUGGCGACCCCACCUGGCUCCCAUCCUGGAGCACGUGGCAGUGACUGGGCACACGUGCUGUGGGCAUGGCGCAGCAGGCUAAGGCUUCAUCGGAUUAACGGUUGGAUUUAAAGGCCUUAAAAGUGGUUUAAACACACAGCAGCAGCAGAGCACACAGGAGAAGAUUCCUCUGGGCCUGGCCAGUCUCUCCUGUGCCUGUGUCCCAUGGCUUGGCUCCUGUUCACUCAGCUUGAGAUGAGACCACAGCUGGUGCCAACCGGGUUGCAGAGGAGGUUCCCAUCUGCUCGUAGCGCUGAAGCCCACAGCCCUCCAAGGGGCCUGCACCUCGAGGCGUCAUGCAGGGAGACAGGCAGGGAGAGUAGACAUGUGUGGCUGUGGAGGAAGCAGAGGGACAGGCUGUGGAUGUGGCCCCUCACCCAUCCUGUUCAAGUCCCAGCUCUACCAUCUGGAUCCAGGGGCCGAGUCCUCAAUGCACAGGGUGAAUGGCAUUGUGUUCGCCCACCCUGCCCUCCUCCCCUCCUCUGCCCCCUCCCCCACUCUGUCCCCCUCAUCUACUCUGCCCCCUACCCCACUCUAUCCCUCUACCCCACUCUGCCCUCCUCCCCCACUCUGCCACUCCCUGGCUCUGCCCCCUCCCCCCACUCUGCCACUCCUCGACUCUGCCCACUCCCCGACUCUGCCCCCUCCCCUACUCUGCCACUCCCUCCCCGGCUCUGCCCCCUCCCCCACUCUGCCAGUCCCCAACUCUGCCCUCCUACCCCACUCUGCCCUACUCACCAUCAUGCCUGUGGCUGAGACGUGAACGUUAGGGAUCCACCUUUACCCAAAAUUACUUUUGAAGAAAAUAACAUUUCCUAAUUGAAAAAGCAGUGCAUUUGCACGCAUCGCAGAAGAGACAGAUGUGCAACGUUGGGAGAGAAAAGCUGGGCCCUGCCCCCAGAGCUGCCCCAGCGCGCCGUGUGGCACCGACCUGCCCUUGCGUGUUCUCACCCAGGCCUGCUGUAGGUUUGAUCACUCACUGGGCAGGUGUCGGGAAAGGGCCUUGCUUAGAGCUUAGCUAGCGGGGUCUUCAGGGGCUCUUGCUGCUCUUGGUCCAAGUGGGCUUUGGUGGCUGUGUGUGGUUGCUGUGGGUGGUGCAGGUCUGGAUCUCAGCGACUAGCCGAGGUCACUGAGCCACCGUCUUGGGCUUGCGCCGCUUGCACCCCCUGCUCGCCCAGGAAGCUCGGCCACUGCCAUUUUCCAUUUUCCAGACGGUGAUCGGCAGCUUCCCUGGCUACAUAGGGAGUGACUCCUCCUCAUCAGGGCUGUCUGCUGUCAGGGGUGAUGUUUAAGUAGUUUUUGGAACUUUCACAUCAGAGCCUGUGGCCUGGUUACCCUGGGCCUGGCCGGGAGGCUCCCAGGGCUGCCCUCCAUCACCAGAAGGUUGGCCCCAGGGCCCUCCUUCUCCCCUGCAGGUCUGAACCCAGCUGCUUCAGGACCACCCUCUCAUGGGGGAUGCUGCGGCCAGCAGAGGUCUUCUGGCCGGCUGGACAGUGGGGUCAUAUGGCCCUGUGGGGCCCUCCCUUGUUUGGGGAGCUGCUGCGUGGGUGUCUGUGUCAUGUGCUCCGGGUGCCCUCCUGCCUGGAAGAUGGCAGGGCGGUAUCUGAGCAUGUGGGUUGCUAUUUCUAAACCUGGCGCUGGUGGCUGGAGCUAUUUAAGGUUCUUGGCGUGUUCUGUUGGUAGGGCCUGGCUGCAGCGUCCUGCUGAGGCUGUCUGCACGCUCAUUGACAGCUGGGGUGGGAGGGCGGCAGAGCGGUUUCAAAUGGAAACUUAGGGGUGAGCAGGGAACUGCUGGGACCCCGGGUGCUGCUGUAUUGGGGGCAUGGCAGCCAUUCUGACUUGCAGGCCUGAGCCUAGCCUAGGAGGUCCCCAGGGCCCUGCCUCCGGCAGCCUCUUCCAGGGCACCCCACCUGGUGUGUUUUCCAAACCCCGCCUGGCAAGGCCCAAGCCGAGCGUGUGCAGUGGGCUCUCCUGGUUCACCCUCGGACGCUGCUCCUAAUGGGAGGUGCAGCGAGUGCCCUCCCUGCGACAGGCCUGUCCCUUCCCCCUGAGGGCGUGUGGCUGGCCUGUCACGUUGAGAGACCCUGUGCAGCUGUGGGUAGGGCCUGUGGGCAGGACUCGUGGCAGCCGAGUCCUGGGCACUGUGGUUUUCUGAUGUGCAGGUCCGAGUUGUAGGCAGGUCGUGGAGGCAGAUUCCCUAGAGGGGGCCCCCGAAGCAGCGAACCCACCAGGAGCUGCUCCCGCGGUGCCUGCCAGAGCAGGACGCCUGCAG